CCCACAGAAAGGGCUCCAAGUGCCGCCUCUGGCACGCGUGCCAUAGGUUCGCCACCGCUGCUCUAUUUGAUGCAAAAUAGGGCCCUCUCAAACAUCUGCAGGACUGUUCUUUGAGCGGUGGACAUUUCUGGCAUUUCAAUCUUUUCUGCCCCACAAAUAAACGUUCUCCUGUUCCACCCUAACCUCCUUCUGCUGAAUGGCUGGCAUACCUUGGCAUCUUUCCUUUAAACCGAGACCAGCGAAGGAUUGAAGCUAGAUUCCUUCCCAUGGAUCCCAACCGGCCACAGAUGGAAUAUCCGAGUCAUGUCACACCCGGGAAUCCGCUUUUUAUAGCAUCUGGUAGUGGUAGCCCUGCUGGGUUCCAGGAGCUGAUCAGAAGUUAAUGAUUAAAUUGAAGCCUGAUGGAGGCGGAGUGUCUCCCUCUUGUUUGUAUUGAUUAGGUCCACUUGCUUCCCUGUCCAAGGAAGAUUACAGUCAUGGAAACACUUUCUGCUAGAUUCUUCUCGUGCUCAAGAUAAGCUGGCCACAAACUGGUGGUGGAGGAACAAUUGACAGCUAUGUCUGAAUGGGGCCCCUGCCUCCGUUGAUUCUGCUCUAUAUGUUAAACCCAGGUUCUUCAACAGCUUGAUGGGUUCCCUGCAGGUGGUUCAUUGAUCCCCAGUGAAUCCUCCAUCACAAGCCUCUGGAUACCAACAGCCUCCAUGAAGCUAAGCAGCUGCUGCGGCGGAUCUUUCAGCCUCUGACUUGUGUCCCCACCCCCCACCCCACCCCCGGCUAAAAGGAUGAAACCAUGGGCCUGAGCGUCUCCUGUCUGAAAGGCUUCAAGAUGUGUGUAAGCGGGGCUGGGGUCAGCAGCAGCGAGGUGGCGGUCAUGGCUGAGAAAAGACUAAGGGUCCCGGAUAUUAUUAUCACCCCUCCGACCCCCACGGGGAAGGCCCUCUUGAGAGACCCCAGCCUGGAGGGCGAUGAACCCCAAGACAACUGCUGAGCCAGAAGGCAGAGAUGUGGCCUGCUGUCUCCAGGCCAAGGAGAAGGGGCCCUCCCUGGCAUUGCUAGAGAACGUGGCUCUCCACCAUCUUGCUCAGGAACUUUCCCAGCCUCUUGAGUUUUGCAAACUCCUCCCAUUUCUUCUCCCCUUGCCAGGCUGUUUAAAAAUGGACCAACAUCUCCAGAUAUACCUCACUCACACUUGCGACCAUGGCACUGUUGCAGACCCGUAACAGGCAAAAGGUCCUUCAAGGAGUCCUCCAAACCGAUUGUCCACUUGGAAGAAGACCUACGGUAAUGGUUAAGAUGGUGGCACAAUGGAUGGGUGGUGGCUCUCAGGUUCUUGAUAGUGGUGUUGGUCAACUUGGACCCAGCUGAGGUCAUUGUCAGAAGAGAAAGGACACUGACUUACACAGAAAGUCCAGGUCCUCUGGUGGUAUCUAAGAGCAGAUUUAAGGGGAAAUGUGAUGGUUCCAAGAGCAAACAAGGUCAUAUGAAUUUUUUGGGAGGGGGUGGGUUGCUGCUGCUGCUCCAUCUCCUAUUUGGAUGGUCUCUUCUUCUGAGAAACACUUAAGUUCUCAUUGGUUUCUUCUGCUGUGUUCAAAGUGGACCUGGAUAGGGCAACCCUUCCAGCAGAUGUCCCUCUGCAAAGUGGGACCAAAGGCUACUUGAGCAAAACAAUCCAACUUUGCUUUGCUCCAAGAUCCUGAGUCGAUGGAGGAAAAGUGCUCUUGGUUCUCUCGCCUGAUCCUUCUUUUUUGGAUAGAGGUGGUCUCUAGGUCUUAGAAGCAACUAAGGAAGAACCUGGGAAUGUGUUUUAGUAAGACUUGACCCUAAACGGGGAACUUUCCCAAGAGUAAAGAAGCCAUAGGCCUGGUAGGGAAUCAACAGAUUUGUCAUAAUUUUGCUAGCUCAGUUAGGAAUUGGGCUAGUUGGGUGGGGUUGGCAAGGAGGGUUAUGGAGAUUCUGCUUACUUUGAGCUCCUCCAAGAACAGGGUGCUGUACUUGCAAGCCACGUGGUGUGGGGCAGGAUAGGGGCCAUAUCUGACUGUCUCCAACCUAGCAUCUGUCCUCUCCUUUUGUUCUGGGUGCUGUUCUUCUCCUGGUGUCUCUAGAAGGUGCCAAGAUGAAGAAAGCAUGCUAGGCUGAUGCCCUCAGGAGCCAUACUGACUGGGAGCGAUGGUUGCUGUGGUCCAACGCAUUGGAAGGAUACCAGAUUGGAGAAGACAGACUCAACUCACAGUAUAAGGAAAGCAAUGGAACCUUAAUUUCCAAGAAUUCGGUUUUCCAGACCUCUUGCCACGAGUGAAACUCCAUAGUAUUCCAUAGAUGGGUUGACUUCAUUGUACAAAAAUGUGAUUUGCACCCAUUUGCAUCCCUUGUGUCAUCUGCAAUGAUGCACCCUUGAAUUUAGUAGUGUAAUGGAUGCCGCUUUCCCUAAUCAAAACAAGGUUUCAUUAAAAAGGGAGAAGGGAAGUGAUUUUCAUCCAGCCAGAAAGAUUCUCUGUUGGAGCUCCAAGGGAAUGUUGUCUUCCUUGCCACCUCAUGCCUCAAUGGAAAGAAGUCACAUGGACUUCAUUCCCAGCCAAUGAGAGAGAAAAAUAGGGAGUUUGCUAUGGAUAGAAUGUUUGUAUCCAAGCUGAAUGGCAUAAGAAAUCACCGUUGGUUUCCAUCCAGACUGACUUCAUCAAAUCCUUGGUUGAAUCAGAAUCAGACUAGGAUAGAGUUGGAAUGGACCUUGGAGGUUUCCUAGUCCAGCCCCCUGCUCAAGCAGAAGACCCUAUACCCUUCCAGACAAGUGGCCAUCCAGUCUCCAACCUCCAGUGUUGGAGCACUCACAACUUCUGGA